GCUGAUUUCAAUCGUGGUAGCCAAAUACUCGUUGCUAAGGGUAGUUAGCCCGUUAGCAAUAAGAUGUUAAAAUAAUUGAAAGAAAAUGUUUGCGUUUUUUUUCGCGACAAAUGACGCGUGAAAUAUAUUUAGGGUUUCUGGAAAAAUUGUACCUUGGUAUCCUGACAUCCUGACGCUCUGUCUCUGCGACCAGCUGCUCAGUGUUUACAGAGCCACUCAAACAAACAGCCAUACGUGAAGUCGGUGGAUAUUUCAUCUUCUUUGGACGUGGUUUGGGAAUAAGUGCAAUAUGGACACCAAUGUCCAGAAAAGGCGAGAAAACAAGAAGUCGUUACGUGUUAAGGUCAUUAGUCUGGGAAAUGCAGAGGUGGGAAAGAGCUGCAUCAUUAAACGUUACUGUGAGAAGAGAUUUGUGCCCAAGUAUCUAGCCACCAUUGGGAUAGAUUAUGGUGUAACAAAGGUUCAGGUACGAGACCGGGAGAUAAAAGUAAAUAUUUUUGACAUGGCUGGACAUCCAUUCUUUUAUGAGGUCCGCAAUGAGUUUUAUAAGGACUCUCAGGGAGUGAUUCUGGUCUAUGAUGUUGGCUUGAGAGAGAGUUUUGAUGCUCUGGACAGCUGGCUCACAGAGAUGAAGCAAGAAAUGGGCUCGCAGGCUAACAUGGAGAACAUCAUCUUUGUUGUGUGUGCAAACAAGGUCGAUCUGACGAAAAGGAGAGUGGUGGAUGAGAGUGAAGGGAGACUUUGGGCUGAGAGCAGAGGAUUUCAUUACUUUGAAACUUCUGCUCAGAGUGGGGAAGGCAUCAAUGAAAUGUUUCAGUCGUUUUUCUCCUCCAUAACUGACAUGUGUGAAAAUGGAGGGAAGAGACCUACUCCAGAGGUCAGCGUAGGUUUUACCAAAGAGCAGGCAGACACCAUCCGACGCAUCCGCAACAGCAAAGACAGCUGGGAUAUGCUUGGAGUCAAACCUGGGGCCACAAGGGAAGAAGUCAACAAGGCAUACAGAAAGUUGGCGGUACUGUUGCACCCAGACAAAUGUGUGGCCCCAGGCAGCGAGGAUGCUUUUAAAGCAGUGGUUAAUGCUCGUACGUCCCUCCUCAAGAAUAUCAAUUGAUCGGCUUCACAUUGCCAUUAGCUGGAGUUGGAGAAUUCCCUUCUCAGUGAAGAUCACUCUUAAAGCACACGGAGAAGCGUCUGGACUCCAACAAAGACGUAUGUCAGAUGUGCAGCUGUUACUGCGCUUGUUUAUACUGUAAUAUAUGUUUAUGUGUUGUUAUAGUAGGGAAACCUCAAUGAUGCUCUGAGGCGCAUAGCUGUCAGGAUCAUUUUAGAGCAUGAGAAUGUCUUUGGUGGGUCUUUCCUUUUCUCAGUCUGUCCUGUGACAGUUGACUGUUGUGCUGCGCUACUCCUAUAGACAUGCAGGUUAAAGACCACUUAUUUACCAGCUGAUUUGCGACCCAGAUUUACCAUUCUAAUGCUUUAGUUAAAUCCCGACGUACCUCAAAAGUUAGCCAUGACCUACAUGGGCCAUUCACUUAUUUUUUGUUUUUCUCCGCUCCACUUUAGCUCACUAUAAAGAGGAGGAAAAGCAUGAACAAAGUUUUUCAGUCACUUAAGUGCAAGUGCAAUAUAAAAGUAGCGUGUAUUUCUCAGAUGUACCAUUAGCUUUAUUCUACUACUCGCUAAGUUAUCGUUGGAUAUGAAUCGAUAAUAUAUAUAAAAAAUACAUAUAAAAAGGGCCCGUUUAAGAAAUGGUUUGUGUACCAUGCCAAUUCAACUACAAGUGAACUUAUGUCAUUUUUAAGUACAAAAUAUGUGGUCAAUAGACUAACAUUCAAACUUUUAGAGUCAGGUGAUAUGAUUGCAUUAUGUUGAUCAAAGGUAACAGUAAAGGUAUUCCAAUUGUGACAGUAUUUUUCAUCCUUUGAACAUGAGAAAUGCUUCUUUAGCAUUAACCCUUGUGCACUGUUCAAAUAUACCACCCUUUCGUUAUGUUCAGGAUAAAACAUCCACUGAAUUAAACUGCUGUAAAAAGCAUGAGAUAAAUUUUUUGCUUAAAUCUGUUAAUCAACCUCAGUCCUGAUCAAAACUACUAAAUUGUUUAGAAAAUUACAGAAUUUUAACUCUUUAAUUGCCAAGUUCACAAAUUGAUGUCACUGAUUUUGUGGGAAAAAAUAUGUAUUUUCAAUAUAAAAAGUAAUUGUGCUCUGCAUUUUUUUUUUACCUUUUAUCAGUUUUAGAUCUGUGAAUGAUUAAUAACAACAUUGGUUUUGAUGCAUUGUUACAUUUUCAUUUUUUUCUCCCUAAUUUACUGUUGGUGACUGUUUUUGCCCCAUUGACUUCCAUUAUAAUGGUGCCACCUGAUAAUCAACAGUAAGAAUUACAUAUUUUACCUCUUCCCAACAGGGAAAACCACCAACAAUCAAAAAUGCAUAAUUAUAUGCUGUCAUGGUUUUUUAAUAUAUAAAAUGUGGGUAUAAUGGAAGUCAGUGGGGCAAAAACAGCCACCAACAGUAAAUGAAUGAAAAUUCAUCAAAAUCAAUGUGUCAAAGGCAAUGUUUUUUCACAUGUCCAAGACUGUGAUUAAAGGUAAAAGAAAAAAAAAAACAGUCCACUUUAUUAAAAAUACAUAAUUUUGUGUGGGUCUUUUUCACCAAAUCAGUGACAUCAUUUUUGAACUUGGCAAUUAGAGAGUUAAAAUUCUGUCAUAGUAGUUUUGAUCAGGACUGAGGUUUAUUAACAGAUUUAUGCAAUAUAUAUAUA